AUGGCCGCCGCCCGACACCUUUGGGCGCCUGGAGUCCUGUGGGCUUUGCUACUGUCCCAGCUCUUCGCCCUCACUCUCGCCCAGUCCGUUCCUACCCUCACCACUGCGCUCGAGUGUGGCUGUGAGAACUUCACGCCCGCCACCGACAUCCUCAACAAUGGAUCCUCUUCCAUCUGCUCUUGUGCUUGCCAAAAGACCACUUGGGUCCCUACUACCUACACGACUGUCUUCACGAUCUUUGAUCCCACCAUUUCUGAUGACCCGCUUGUUACCUCUGCCUCUGCCACGCUGUCUUACCAUUCCGAUGGCGACUCCUCCAAGACUGCAACUCUAAGCAGCCUGUUCAGCAGCGUCGCCUCCUCUGUCGGAAAGUUGACGACUUUGAUCGAUGGCACUGGCACUGUCUCCUCUACUUGGUCUCACUUGUUCCCCAUUCACAAUUCGACAAGUGCCCCGCACACGAGUACGGCAUCUGGCAUCUUCUGGACUGGACCAGGCACCGGCACAGGUGGAACGUUCGCAUUGCCCACGCCAAUCUGGACUAACUCUACCAAGUCUUCUCUUACCCAGACGAUUAAAACCAGCGGCACUCCCCUCUGGAACAACUCGACCAAGAGCUCUCUCACGCCGACUGCCAGAACCAGCAGCAGUUACGUGGCUAAUUCCUCGGCCUCUUUGAGUGUUCCAGAGUCAUCUCUUCGCUCCAAGCCUUCAGUCUCAACAUCUUUUGUAAUCGCCUCUGGAACAACGAACCUUACCCCAAUCAGCACAUCCGUUUCCCCAGCCUCGCCUAUUGCAUCGAGCACUCUUCCAGCCCAGACAGACUCGUCAGUGGCUACGAUCAGCGCACAAAACACAUCCAGCCAGGCUGCCUCCACAAGCUCACUGCCCACAUCCUCUGCCGUUCCUGUUCUCGUCCCUCUUGGUGGAACCAUCACCGUCGAACCCCUCACAGCGACCUCAUCUCAGGCGGAUGGGACCUACAGAACCACCAGUGUCACUUGGCUGUCCAUCGAUGUCCCAACCCUGUCCACCAUCAGCGGAGAAGUCACAACCACCAGCUUCCCGGCCUGGCGCUGCAUCUCACUCGAUCUUUGUAACCCCUCUUGCCUCGUCCCUGCUGAGAUCGGCUUCGGUACCAACAAUCCAGCCGGCAAGACAGAGCCCGACGAACCCGAGCCCUCCCAGUCCAAGAAGUCGACGUCCACAUCCACAUCCAGUUCGACCUCAUCAUGCACCCAAACCUACACCAUCGCCCCUCACUGCACCCAGCCAUGCGUCGUCUCGCAGAUCAGAAGCCAGGGAACGAGCAGCUUCACCACCAGCUGCGCCCCGGCCACCUGCCGAACUACCCAGCUCUGCACCAGUAUCGAGACGACCACGACAACCACGUACACCACCAAGAGGCCCAAGGCCACUGGCGGCUGCAUGGCCGGAAAGUGCCCUUCGUGCCAGGAAGACAAGAAGCUGGAGGCUCGUCAGGUCUGGUGGGACGAGGACAUUCUCACCGAGACCAUCUCUGAACCUGAAGAAUGGCAUGAAGGCGAGUACGAGUGGUGGGAGAAGCUGCGCCGCAUCGCAAAGUACUACGGCCCCGGUCUGGCCAUGGGAAGCAAGACGGGACACGACUCCUCGGCAUCCUGGGAAGCAUUUGGUCCCACCCCCCACGGUGGCGGCGCCGGUCCCGUCUGGGGAUGUGUCAUUGUCGCUUCCUUUUCUCCCGAGGGCGUGUACGCCAACCAUCUGUGGGAGAUUCCCAACUUCAAAAUCCCUCCGGAGGAGGAGAAGAACUUCCAGGUCGACAAGGGCUACAAGGAGGAGUACUACUUUGAGCAAAACGUCAACCGCUUCCUCCAGUACGGCUCGCUUGACACACCCAAACAAAAGGAGUUCCCCGCCCUGUGCCCGAUGAGUCUCCCUGGUGGCCCCCUCUACGGCGACAACUACCAGUUCUUUCGCACCAUUGUCUUCGUACCCAUCGAUAACACGGGCAAGAUGUACUACGUUCACGAGAACGCCAGGAUCAUGAAGAUUCUCACCGAGAAGUGUCAUAUCGAUAAGAAGUAUAUUACCGUCUAUGGGUACGAACCUCACACCGAGCUCGACACAGACUUCCAGUACGACCUCGGCCGUGCCACGCCUCCACCCGACCGCCGCGCAUCGAACCCAUGGGACGGCCUCUUCAGCUGGAUCUACACCCCCAAAGGCCCCAGCGGGAAGAGAGAGCUCGUCGUCCGCUUCGAGAAGGACGUCAUUCACCGAGAUGCCUGGUGCGGAGACGGACUCGUGACGCAGCCGGAGGCCCCCGUCCGGUUCGACCUCAGACCGAGCCCUCCUCGCGAUUCCGAACAAGAGCCACCUCCUCCUUCUGAUGAAGAUACCACUCCCCCUUCUGACGGUGACACGCCUCGCCCUUCCGACACAGGCACCCCUGGCAACCCCGCGCAGAUGCUCAAGAUCAGACAAGAUGAAGGAACCUGCCCGAGAAUGAUCGCCUGCGGCCUUGGCUCUCCGACGUUGACAAAGUGCGACUACAGAAAGUUCCCUCCCCCACCCCUCGACGGCCCUGCCGCUCUCAAGCCACGUGCAGACCCUCCUGGUGACCCCAAACACGGCCCAACAAAGGCGGAGAUGGACCUCUCGACGGACAUCAUGAUUGACCCCGAAGAUUCCAUCGGUGGCGAACGAUGGUGGUACACCCGCAUGCGCCAUGCCGUCGAUGAACGAGGCCCCGGCUUCGGCGGCACGGCCCAGUUGCCCGACGUCUGGUCCACGAGCGUCAUGGUCAAAUUCAACGAGGAGGUCGACGGCACCGUCGCGAACCGUCCGCGCUUCGGCGGCGCGGGGCCCAUCUGGGGCUGCGUCGUCGUCGUCGUAGCGUCCCCGGAGGGCAUCUGGACUAGCCACCUGUGGGAGAUCCCAACGUUCACCAAAGGCGCAAGGUUCGGCAACGAAGCCAACGUGGAAUGGUCGAGCCUGUACCCAAACUCUCAGGCCAAGUAUUUUGAAAAGCACGCGCUGAGCUUCAUGAGGAGGGGCAACGGACUCGGCACCUACAAGCAGAUGCAGGAGGGAAAGUUCCCUACCACCAACCCGGGCCUCAACAAGAUGUUCAAAAAGGGGGCCCGCGGGCCCUUUGACGCGCACACCAAGGCAUGGCUUUGGGCCGGCAUCAUCAUCCGCGCGCAUCAGGACUUGGAGAUGCCCCGGGCCGCGUACGGCUGGCAGUUGCGUUUAAUGCUCGACCUCUUGAAGAGAAAGGGCGUGCCCGAGGACAUGAUCACCGUCCACACGUAUGCUCCCCAUGAGGAAUUUUCCCUGUCACCGGAGCAAAUACCGCCGCACUGGGGUCUCGUCAGCUGGCAGUACCACCCGGAGCACAUUGAGGGCGACAUGAAGUACUCGGAAAAGAAGAUUCGUGUCCGGUUCGAGAAGCAGAUCAUCUUUGAGAAGACGUGGUGCGGCUCCGGCAACAAGAUUAUCGUUGCAGACGGCUCAAAGCCGCCCCCGCCCCCGGCCCCGCCGCAACGCCGACAGGAAGAUGAUAAUGGAGAUGUCGAGGCUUGUCUGUUGGCCCACAGCUCGUUGUCCGCUGCGGCUUCCGCUUCCUCCGUCGCCGCCAGCGCCGCUGCCGUGCUGCCGCGCCCCACCCAGGCUUGCGCUGCCGAUGCCGAGUGCGGCUCACUCGCGUGUCCUCAACCCCGAUUCGGUGCUUGCUUGUACGGUUUCUGCCGAUGUGCCCUCUCCGAGAGUCUGAGAUACACCAAGACUCCUCCCACUCCAGUGCCUGGAAUGUACACCAACACCGCCUUGCCUGUGAACUACACGUCCCCGACAAACAUCAUCACGUUGUCCACAGACUCUCCGACGAGCAUCCUUUCAAGCGGAGCAUCUUCAGCUACACCCUCAUCGACGGACACGUUCUUGACGGAGAAGACGACGAGCUUACUCAUGCCCCCGUCUACCAAGAACGUAUCGUCCUCCACCGUCUCCCCCCUGUUCACCGUCACCCUCUCGGCCUGGGACCCUUCAAAGACCCCCAUCACCAGCUGCAACACGACCCAGGACUGCUCAACCCUCACCUGCGCCGGCAACCAGACAUACGCCUGCAUCACCAAGGACGACAACUCCAAGUCCACCUGCCACUGCGUCGACCGCCCCACGCUCUUCGGCCCUUGCACCGCGGCCUCUGACUGCGCGCACCUGGAAUGCGACGCGAACCACUCCUCAGCCUGCCGCACCCUCGUCGACUUUGACGGUGCCGACCCCGUCUGCCAAUGCGACCCCAUCGCCCUCAAGCCGGGCGCCUUCUGCACAGUCGACUCCCACUGCGACGGUCUCCCCUGCGACGGCACCAAGAACCAACGCGGCUUCUGCAAGAAACCCCCUUCCUCGGCGGAUGUCGGCUCCUCCGGCGGCUGCCAGUGCGAUUACUUCCUCGCCGAGGGCGUCGGCUGCGCCUCGCACGAAGACUGCUCGCCCAUCCGCUGCACCGAAGCCGCCCCCUACAAAACCUGCACCCUCCCAGACGGCCCCGGCGACAAGGACGCCAACGUCUGCGCCUGUUCCGCCACGGAGCCCCCCCGCCGUCACCACGAGGGCGACAAGUGCACCGCCCACAGCGAGUGCGCCACCAUCGGGUGCACCGACUACGAGGUCUCGGUCUGCGAGGUGGACGUCUGCCGCUGCCGCGCCUUCAUGUGCGCCUCGCACCGGGACUGUCUCUCCAGCGGCCUCGACUGCGGCGACAAGUCGAACCUGCGGUGCGGCGACCAGGGCCGGUGCGAGUGCAAGCGCUGCACGGAGAACUUCAAGAUCCUGGCGUGCAGCGACGAUGCGGAUUGUAACCACUGCUGCGCGCGCGGGACCUUGCCCAAGUGCGUGUAUGGAUGCGUUACGUUUUGGUGUGGCAAGGAGUGCCAGUGUGAGCUUUGGUAG